AAAGACUUUUGGACGAAGGAAGGCGAAGUAGGACAACUAUGGAACAAAUUGUUCAAAGCAAUAAUUAGUACAGAUGCUAAUAGCACUGCAAAGGGAUGUGAUAAAAUGGAUGAUGGCAGUGCCAUCAGUGGCACUGCCAAUGGUCAGAGGGAUGCCACUAACCCAGAAAAGGCGGCAUGCAAUUAUUUGCAUGCCGGUUUUGAAAAACUGAAGCAACUUUCACAGAACGGAACAUCCCAAACCGGUAACGACAACAUCCUGGAUAAGAACCCACUGUUGAAACAAACAGUGGGCUGCUUACUUCUGAAGUUAUAUGCAAAACAAAUGGAAGAAAAAUCAACUUGUCUUAUCGAUUCCGGUUUAAAGAAGGCUUUUGACACUGCUGGUAAAGCUUUAAGUGGUAAUUGCAGUUGGGAAGAUGAAUUGGACAAAUGCAAUGUGACCAUUGACAAAAACUCUGUCCCUGUAAAGAGCAAAGUGGAUCCAGUACUCACAUCAAAUGAGCUAAGCAUAGAAUCCCUCACUACACACAUGAAUGAAAUGAGGACUUUAUGUGAACAACUCCAAUGUGCCACAUCCAAUUGGUUCAAAAAGCACAACAACAACCAAUCGGGGAGUGGUAGUCCAACGAAGACUUGGUGUAACUUUUGGGAUGACGCCGUCAAAGCAACAUUGCAAAAAAUGUUCAACAAGAUCGAUUCCGAUGGAAGGAACACCAAGGAUGGUUUAUGCACCAACUUUGGUGAUGAUAAUCCUGAUAGUGUUGAAAGAAAGGCUUGUAAUCAUAUCACAGCAGGUUUAGAACACAUUAAAACACUUAGUGGUAGUGGUGUUAGUGGUCAAGACAACCAACUGCUUCAUCAAGCAGUUGGUUGCAUUGCUCUUAACAUGUACGCAGAUAAAAUAAUCGAAUUGACGGCGAAAAAUUGUCCCAUUGAUAAGGAAAGAAUAAAAGAAAUGUUCAAUAAAUGGAAUAGUGAAAGUAAAAAUUCGUGUCAGAAUAGUGCUAAUAAUAAUGAUUGUUUUCAAUGCAAGAGGGAAGAAUCUUAUAACAGUUGCCAGCUGAGCGUCGGGGACGCUCUGCUGGCAACAUCACAAAAUGUAACUUGCAAUACUAACGCUACUAAAGUGAAGACUAAAAUGGAAGGUCUCCUCCUCAACGACGACCCAUCCAAAUCCAUCUCCGAAGUGAAGUCUACCUUAUCCGAAAUCACUAACAUGAACAACUCUUUCUGUACUCAACUCCAAUGUGCAGCAAAACAAUACUACGCAAAAGUCAAAGGCCCUGGUGCAAACAGCACCGAUGUAAAAUGG